UAAUACACAUGCAUAAAUAUCAGCACAUCAGUUCUCGUAAAUAUCAUUCAGAACGCUUCAACAAUGUCUGGACGCAGAUUAGAGGGCAAAGUCGUAAUCAUCACCGGCGGAGCAAGCGGGAUUGGAGCUGAGUCCGUCAGGUUGUUCACGAAACACGGCGCUCGAGUCGUUAUAGUUGAUGUACAAGACGAGCUCGGUCAAAAACUUGCCGUUUCCAUAGGAGAAGACAAGGCGAGUUACUAUCAUUGCGAUGUCACAAAUGAGACAGAAGUAGAAAACGCCGUUAAGUACACCGUCGACAAACACGGAAAGCUUGACGUUGUGUUUAGUAACGCCGGCGUUAUAGAGCCGUUUGUGAGCAUUCUCGACCUAAAUCUUGAUGCGUUAGACCGAACAAUCUCCGUGAACCUCCGUGGAGCAGCCGCGUUCAUCAAACACGCGGCACGCGCCAUGGUGGAGAAAGACACGCGUGGGUCCAUCAUUUGCACCACCAGCGUCGCCGCUGAGAUCGCCGGGACGGCACCACACGGAUAUACGGCGUCGAAGCAUGGGCUGUUAGGACUGAUCAAAUCAGCUUCUGGCGGGUUGGGAAAGUACGGGAUACGAGUAAACGGCGUUGCUCCGUUUGGGGUGGCCACACCAUUAGUUUGCAACGGAUUCAAUAUGGAGCCAAACGUGGUCGAGGAAAACACGUCAGCGUCGGCGAAUCUGAAGGGAAUUGUGUUGAAAGCUAGCCAUGUGGCAGAGGCUGCUCUGUUUCUAGCAUCGGAUGAGUCGGCUUACGUAAGCGGUCAGAACCUGGCUGUUGACGGCGGUUACACGGUGGUUAAGUCGUAGCUACAACUUGGGCACAUGAUGAUGAGUUUUUAAAUUUUUUAUAAAAUUGUUGUUUAAAAUUAUUUGGGUCAAAAGUUGACUUGGAUACAUGGGGAUUGAAUAGUUUCUGAGGUAAGCAAGUUGCCUUGAAACGUGGGAUGUUGCUUCCAUUUUUAUUUGGAAACAUGCAUCCGUGAUCCCAUUAUCCAACUUAUUGCAGAUCUCGAGGAUAAUAAACUAAACAACUAUUUUUAUAAGGUUGAUUGUUUUGAUCA